UCCUCCUAUAAAUAGGCACCAAAGAUCAGCAUUCCUUAAACAGUUCAAUCAGUUAAAUACCUAACUUACCUUCAUCAGUAUGGCUUCCCGUCUUGCCAUAUUACUCAGUCUCGCAACCUUAACAAUGGUACUGCUGCAGAUUCGACCCUCCCAUGCGCAAAACUCACCACAAGACUACGUCGAUGCUCACAACACGGCUCGUCUACGAGUUGGUGUACCAAAUGCUACGUGGGGCGACAAUGUCGCGGCUUAUGCUCAACGCUACGCCAACUCCAGAACCGGGGACUGCAGUCUCGUUCAUUCGCAUGGGCCUUAUGGUGAGAACACUGCCUACGGCUAUGGUACCAGCUCGAUCACAGGUGCCGAUGCCGUGAACUUGUGGCUUGCGGAGAAGCCUUACUACAACCACGCUUCCAAUUGUUGUGUUGGUGGAGACUGUCUUCACUAUACUCAAGUGAUAUGGCAUUACUCUAUCAGGCUGGGCUGUGCCAGGGUCCCGUGCAGCAACAAUGACGGAUGGUAUGUCAUCUGCAACUAUGAUCCACCGGGAAACUACUUCGGCAAGCGUCCUUAUUAGUUCCAAAAUUUAGUAUUACAACAUUUUGGUAAACAUUCCUUAUGAAUCAUAUCUGUAUGAGACUAAUUAAA